GCAAUCUGUCCAUUGAUUGAUUGGAAAACGUUGUUUGCAAAAUUGUUUCGACAAACUGGAUCCAGAAGUUACAGCAAAUUUUCAAUAAGUAUAGCGGACACAACAGCGCUGAAACAUCAGUGUGCCUUACAUGAAAUUGAACUGUUAACGCCUACUGGCAAAAGUGCAAUUCAGAAUAUGGCUGUCAUGGACUUCAUGACAUAUCAGGAUACCACUAUUAAAUCUGUGAAAAAAAGUUCAGAAAGUGCGAAUCCUGAGGUGGACCCACGGCUGAGUCCGAAAUUCUCAGUGUUUUGUAUCGAGCGGUUGAAAGAAGCAUUUCCGUGGACUCUUGAAAGACAUUACGUUGCUCAGUACUUAAAAGAAAGUCAGAGAAAUGAGGUUCUCAAUAUGGUUAAUGAGAUCAAGAAGACUUUGUAUGAUUCAUUUGAAGAGCUGGCAUGGUUGAGUGACGAAUUGAGAAACUUUGCUGCUGACAAGAUUUCGUUGAUAGAAACCUUCGCUUUGUUCGAUGGUGUGGAAACAUAUGAAGAGAAAGAAAAUCUUUCUACCAUAUAUCGAUUACGGUAUCCAAUUAGUGAAGACACCUACAUUCUAAAUGAGAAUUACGCUCUCAAGGCAAACGUGCUCGACACUUAUCGAAAAGCAAUAUUUGGUCUGGAAGCAAA